AUGCCGAAGAGGAAGGGAAGCUGGCGCUUCAAGAACCUUGGGAUACCACACAAGAAGGCUAAGCGGGCCUCCGGAGCUGACGUAGAUGUCGAGAUGAAACAGACUGCUCCGAGCAAUAGUAGUGCACCGUCACAGUCCGCUUAUUCGCAUACCUGUAACAUGGUACUCGAGAACCAUAGCAUGAGCCCAGGCUUCGCAGACAAGGAUUUGACUGGGACUCACUCACUGCCACCUGGUGAAUCUCGCUCGCCGUUGUCUCCAUUUCCGAGUUCGUCAUUGGACCCACCAAAUCCGGCGUCCGAGUUGCCAAUGGAUAGCCACGAGUUGCAGACAGAGACUGUAGACCCUGGAGUGGCCCUAUGGCUUCAAACAGUGGAGUUAUUCUUCCCGCGACCUGAUGAGUCACAACCAACAUCCCAGGCGAACCUAGGGCCAGCGCGAGCAGACUCAUUGCUGGAAUUUGAGCCUGGCGAACUUGAAGACGAGGACGAGGACGAGGACGAGCCCUGUGAUCUCAUCAGUAUUGCAGAUUCAGACUCGGACUCGGGCACAGAUCCUGACGAGGAUGAUGAGAUCAGAGAUGCAGAGGAUGAUGUGGAACAUGCCAUGCGUACCGAGGCCUCACAAUCCGAUGCUGCCCAGCCUGUCGAGGUUGAUGAUGACUUCGAUCCGAAGGCUCGUCAGGCACCAUCGCUCGAGUCCGCAAAGGCUGCACUUGCAGACAUCAAACUUCUCCUUCGGCCGCCAAGAAAGACGGGGUAUGGAUACAAAGACCCCAAAUUGGAUCGUGUUCUCCAGGAGCGGCUGGAGGGCAUGCGCCGUCUUCUGUGCACCUACACGGAUCCGCAAUCGAACUCCCGAUAUGGUGUUCGCGCUGGUCAGAACUGGAUUUCAGCGUCGCUCCAGGUCGCCAAAGCCGAGGGCGCAGGACCUUGGCAUGCCCGCGUGCUACGUCGCCGCACCCAGGCGUACAUCCGAGACCGCCAGAAUCUCCCCCAUAAUCUGUACGGCACUUGGGCACGCUCGCAGCUCGACAAUGAAGAUUUUCGUGAAGAAAUCUUCCUUCAUCUGCAGUCCAUAGGUGAAUAUGUCAAAGCAGAGGAUCUCGUUCAUUACCUGGACCAACCAGAUGUCAAGGAGCGCUAUGGCACCAAGAAAACGAUUUCCCUUGCGACAGCACAGCGAUGGAUGAAGCGUCUCGGGUACCGCUGGAUGCUCACACCGCGCGGCCAGUAUGUUGACGGCCACGAGCGCGACGAUGUCGUUGCUUACCGUCAAGGGAAGUUCCUUCCGAGAUGGGCGGAGCUUGAGCCAAGGCUGCGUGAAUGGAAGUCUGAUGGUACCGAAGAUACGGGGCCAUUUCCACAGAAUCGCAGAACUGUCGUCUGGUUCCACGAUGAAUCAACAUUUUAUGCGCAUGAUCGCCGUAAGCAGCGAUGGGUGCACAAGACGGAAAAGGCUAAACCGUACCAAAAGGGCGAGGGUGCAUCUUUAAUGGUUGCGGAUUUCGUUUCUGCUGAUUACGGUUGGCUUCGCGCUCCAGACCACUCGGAGGAUAAUCCAGAGGAAGCGCGCGUCUUCUUCAAGGCGGGCAAGGGACGUGAUGGCUAUUUUACCUACGAGGAGAUUCAGAAGCAGGCAGACGUCGCAAUGGACAUCAUAUGCAAACACUUCCCUCACGAUGACCAUGUGCUCGUCUUCGACAAUGCACGCACACAUAUCAAGCGAGCCGAGGAUGCCCUAUCUGCCCGGAAGAUGCCCAAGUUCCCCCCAAAAAAGGGAAGAACUGGGGCGUCGAAGUACCCGCAAGGGACGCUGACGGCGCGAUCAUCCACGGGCGACGGCUCCCCGCAGUCAUUUUAUUUCCCACCCGGUCAUCCGAACGCAGGGCUUUUUAAGGGGAUGGCGAUCAUCCUGGAGGAGCGCGGUUACGGCGAUAUGAAAGGCAAGCGCGCCGAGUGCAAAGGAUUCAAGUGCCCACAUCAGCAAAACAUCGACUUCGUCUGA